AUGUCGUUUGGAAACGACUUGGCCUGGUUACAUUACACGUGGAUUGAUAUAGGGACACCGAGUACUUCGUUUCUUGUAGCAUUGGAUGCUGGGAGCGAUCUUCUUUGGGUUCCUUGUGAUUGUAUACAGUGUGCUCCUUUGUCUGCCAGUUUCUAUUCCAGUUUGGAUAGAGAUCUGAAUGAGUAUAGUCCCUCUGGGUCGUUAUCCAGCAAGCAUAUAUCUUGCAGCCAUCGGUUAUGUGAUAUGGGUUCAAAUUGUAAAACUUCCAAGCAGCAGUGUCCGUAUACUAUCAAUUACACAUCAGAAAAUACAUCAAGUUCUGGGUUGUUAGUUGAGGACAUAUUGCAUCUUCAAUCCGGCGAUGGAGGUAACAUUUUUAAUCUACGCAACCUUUUUCCCAAAAAAGCAUAG